UAUAAGUGAUAAACACGAGGAAAAUCAGCUGCUGAAAACACAUUUUUGCCGCCAGUGUUGAGUGUUUCUGUUCUUUUAUGCGUAUUUAAUUUUUAAAAUAUAAUUAAUUUCUAUAUCUAUUCGCUUUGAGGAAUAAUUUAAUCGAAUCAUCAAUCAUGAAUACGUUAGUGAACGCUAGAAAACUGUUAGUCGGUCGUGGUACCUCAAAUUUGGCUCGUUUCUACAGUGACGAAGGGUAUAAAAUCGAAAAAACCAUAAACCAAGUCACGUUACUCGGAAGAGUUGGAGCUGAGCCGCAGAAAAGAGGCAACGAAGCACACCCUCUAGUCACAUUUUCGUUAGCUACUCAUACUAAUUACAAAACUGACUCGGGUUUCAAUCAGAAAACCGACUGGCAUAGGAUUUGCGUUUUCAAACCGAAUUUAAGAGAUAAUGUUUCCAACUACUUGCGAAAAGGCCAACGAGUUUACGUUACCGGUAAAAUAAUGUACGGCGAAAUAAAAGACGAAUCUGGCGGCACUCAAGCUACGACUUCGAUUCUCGCCGAUGAUGUGAUAUUUUUCCAAUAACUUUAGUUUUCAGUAGUAGUUGUUGAUCGAUCAGUGUUCUCUAUACUUAUUUCGUGUGAUUCAUGUGCUAUUUGAAUUUUCGUAGUCUAUUCUGGUCUCAGGUGUAGUUAUGUAAUAUUUAUCACUUUAUUAGACUCGAAAUGUCUGUUUUUUUUAUCAGUGUUUCUGCAUUCUGCAGUUUUGUACUUGUAAAUCGUCUAAUUUGUUGCAAGAAUUUAAUGAGUGUUAUACCUUAUACUAUAUGUACGUUCUCCAUUUUCAUGUUUCCUUCUUUUUCAGUUACUUAUCACUUGUUAUGAUGCGUGGUCGAGUUAUUUAUCGGUUUUGUUGAGCUGGAUUUUUUUUUCAAAUGUAAUGAUCGUAUCGUCAUGUCUUGAAAUAUUGUGUCGAUUGUUUUGAGAACAUAUUGUGUAUUUAUUUAAAUUAUAAUAUAACUUUUCUAUUGAAGAUAAA